UUUCCUUCUACUCCGAUCGACUUGUUUCUGAUCUUCAUAUUCUUGUCCUAACUUCGUCAUCUAUUCAAUUACCGCUAUCGACUCCUUUAUCAUCACUUUACCCUUUACCUUUAUCAUUAGAGAAGACCUCAAUUAGAGAGGCCGUUAUUUUUUAGUGCACACAUUUCGCCACUCAAUCAUCAAUCCAGAUAUUACUUAGCCUGGAGAAAUGAAGACCCUCAACACUAUUGUCUCGAUGCUCACAGCUGUGGCUCUCGUCUCUGCUGGGACAUAUCACGACUUUGAUCCUAUGUCAUCACCAUUAGACACAACCGUUGCUCGCGGCUUCAUCAUUGAGUAUGAGGAUGGAGUCAUGCACUCUAACGCCUACUCAUCCUUAGAUGAUCAUCAAGUUUCCUAUGAGGUCAGGAAUGAGUAUGGUAUCUUCAAUGGUGUAGCCAUUUCUGUCCUCUCAGCCCAUGAUGGCAACGAUUUAGCAGUCAUUCCCACUAUCAAAAAUGUCUGGCCGAUCCGCUUAUACUCAAUUCCAAAGCCUCGCCCUUCUGCCAUCAAUGCUACGGACCCUGCAGCAGCCUCCUACCACUCUAUGACAGGCGUUGAUAUUGUCCACCGUAAGCUGAAGCUGACAGGUAGAGGCGUCAAAAUUGGGGUGAUCGAUACUGGCAUCGAUUACAACCACCCAGCCUUCGCAGGCCGUGGUGCCACCAAGGGGUGCUUUGGGAAGAACUGCCGUAUUGCGUAUGGAUGGGAUUUUGUAGGGGAUGAGUACAAUGGUGGCAACGAGCCUACGCCUGGGCCAAAUCCUAUGGACUGCCAAGGCCAUGGCACACAUGUUGCAGGUAUUAUUGGAGCGGAUGCUCUGAACAUCAAGUCCAGCCUUAAGCCUCCACAGCCAUUUGUAGGCGUGGCACCUGAGGCGACUUUGGGCGCGUAUCGUAUCUUUGGGUGUACAGGUAGUACCACAGAUGAUCUAAUCAUGGCUGCAAUGGAGCGCGCAUACCACGACGGUAUGGAUCUGAUCAACAUGUCCUUAGGCGGAGGAUCGGCUUUCAAAAGUAAUCCACCAGCUGUGCUUGGCGAUAAACUGAUUGCUAGAGGAAUGGCCAUUAUUGUAGCAGCUGGUAACGAUGGAGAACAUGGUGUCUGGAUGGUCUCAGACUCAAGCCUUGGUGAUCUCUCUACUUCUGUGGGCUCCUUUGAUAACAUUGUUGGUACUUAUGCUUACUUCACAUACGCUGGAGGUAGAUACUCUUAUGUGCCUUCAGAUGCCUAUGGCAAGGCCAUCAACCUCCCUAUUUCUGCCACUUUAGUCCCUGUGCUCCAUCAGAACGGUACACUUGCGGACGGAUGCAACGCGGACGCAUACGGAGGCUUAAAUGUCAAGGGGAAGGUUGUCCUCGUCCUCGGAGAUCUCGCCCGCUGCAAGUCUGGUGACCGCGGUACGAUCGCCAAAGAGGCUGGUGCAGCUGGCAUUCUAAUUCAGACCAUCCCUUUUGGCUUGGGAGGCGUCGGUGGCAUCCCGGAGUUCCCUAUGGCAUCCAUUGAACACAAGACCGGCACAGAGCUGAUCGCCGCUUACAAACAAGACUCUCAACACAGGCUCACUUGGAGUAAGACACCAGCCAGCUUCUGGCCCGAUGUUUCGGCUCCUGGUGGGAACAUCUUAUCGGCUUUCCCUCUCAAAUUGGGGGGAUACAAAGUCAUGUCUGGUACCUCUAUGGCUGCACCUUACUUCGCCGGCGCACAUGCUCUCUACAUUCAAGCAAAGAAAACCAAACCACGUGGUGAUGAUGUUCGCAAGGUCUUCAAGAACACAGCUACUUUCUUCAAGGAUCCGAUCACAAACACUUACACUUCGGCUGCAAAGCAAGGUGCUGGUCUGCUCAAUGUAUUUAAUGCCCUUACUGCCACAUCCUCCAUUACACCGGAUCACAUAGACCUUCUGGACACAAACCAUCUCCAAAGAACAGUCCAGAUUACUCUUAGCAACCAUGGCAAGGGUACAGAGACUUACACUUUAUCGCAUGUACCAGCUGAUGCCCUCAACUCGUACCCAGGAAACAAUACAUUCCCUCUGCUACAGCCAGUCCUUGAGGCUGACUAUGCAUCCGUCACAUUUUCGACCACGUCGGUCAGGAUUCCAGCAGGCAGGUCUGCAACCGUCACUAUUCGAUUCCGCGAGCCUGCUGCCGGGGAAGAGCUCUCAAUUCCCAUUGGAGAUGUUUCUCAGGUCCCAAUCAUGGAUACUAGCCUUGGGUUCCCGGCCUUGAGUGCUUUGGAUGUCGCGACUGGUAACCUGACCGAUGUCUCGAAAAAAGGCGACUAUCUCUUUGACCUCACGUCCAUGAAGCCUGUGGCCUUGACUCGUCUGGGCUCGCAUACGCCUUCAGGGGAGAUCCGUAUCUAUGACUCCCAGAAUGUCUUCAGAGGGUACCUUAGCUCGAAGACUGGUACAGCUUACGGCCCCUUGGGUAGGCAUAAGAUGGUAGAUGAUCAAGGUAAUCUUGUCUUUACGCCGAGAAUAUGGGAAGGCCAGGUUAUGGAGUCCAAGACCUCAACGGUGCCUGUCAAAUUACCUGCUGGUGUCUAUAGAAUUGUUGUUGCUUCUCAGAGGAAGUUGACUAAGGGCGUAUACCCUAAAGACUAUGAAGUGUUCGAGAUUGGUAAAGUCCAGAUCUAA